GAUGGAAAGAAAUAGUAAUGUUUUUAAAUUUCAAGGCUCUAAAAUGAUUGUUUCUGGCAAAGGUCCAAACACUAACUUCACCAACAAAAACUUCACCAUGGACACAAGUUUUCGUCCCAACCUGUUCUCUUCCAUCUUGAAUUUGCCACGAAAUUUUGAGAAGCAAAGUUCAGCAGCGUCAGUGGCCAGCAGCCAACGGAGUAUAUACUAUAGACGAGACACCUCUCCCACUGGUUCUGUUGGCAGUGACUUGCAGCCGCGAAACUUCCACCAACCUUUCUAUUCAAGAAGCUUAUCUCAACGAUCAGUGUGCAAUGACAGAGCAGUAUCACCAGUCUCAAUGAGAAGUAUUGAUUCAACAGCCAGUCGGGCAGAUACAAUCAAAUCUUGUAUUGAUAUAAUGAAUCAAUGUACUGAAGAUGAAUGGAAAAAGAUUAAGCACAUAGUGAACAGAAAGAUUGAAUAUAGGAGAAAAGCUCAGAAGAGGCGGAAAAUGCACAUGUCCGUGAAGAAUUUCCAAAACAGGUAUGAGGAUGACGGUGAGCAAGGAUCAAGCUCAUCAAUCAGCAAUGAUGACUGUGUAUCAACACAGACAGGAUAUAGCUGGAGACAGUUCUCACAAAGAAAUGGUGUACUCCAAAAUGAGAACACUUUGUACCCCCAGAAUAAUACAAUGUGUCCUAGAAAUACCUUCUCUCAAAGGUACACAAGUGGCCAAGCAAAUAUCUCUUCCAUGCAUAAAAACACUCUUAAUGCCUCCAUAUGUUCUACUAAAAGCAUGCAAAACAUGACAAUGAUGUCUCAAAGAGAUAGGUUCAGGGGUGGAUUUCAAUUCCCAUCUCAAAAGCUUAACAGGUCUGCACUUUCUGAGGAGCAACGGCAAGUUAAAAGCAAGCAACUCCCAAAGGCAGAUUGUGCUAAUAAAAAGAUGAAUGUACAAAGAGACCAGAUUGAUGAACUGAGUGAUGAAAAUGACAACAUAUUCCCGGAUACAACAGAAAAACCAAAAACAGUGACAAAUAAAACUGGAAAGAGAAAAGCUGAAAGUUUAGGUGACAUACCAAGUCCUACUACAAAGAAACCAAAAACUUUUUCAAGUAAUGACAAAGUUAAGAAGCAAACACAAAACAUAGAUAACAAUGAAAAGAAUGAGUUCGAAUUUGUGAAGCCUCAAUUUCCUGUCAAAAAGUCUGCCCCUACUAAGCUUCGGGAGAAAAUGAUUUCAAAAUCUUCUGGCAUUCCAGGCCUAUUUUGUAGCACUCAAGAGAAUGAAAUCCUGCAACCGCAGCCAGUACGAGCUCCCAGCCCAGAGCCACAUGUAGAAUCUGAACAAGAUAACCCAGAGCUGACUACCAGUGACAUGUCCAUGAGGCCCAGCUUUAUAAAAAGAAAACUAUUUACCCAGACACUUGAUGUCACUGAAAGAAAAAAUAAUAGCUUUGAUAGUGGUAGUGCAGACAGUCCACAAAGCAAUAUCUAUAGUGCAUUGUCUAGAGAAAAACAUAAGACAAGAAAAUUGGUCACCAGCCAGUCCCUUUUAAGUCGUGAUGUUAAUCAAGAUGACGACAAUCUCUUAGAUUUGAUUCAUAAGAUUGUCCCUCCAAAUCAAGUCAAUUCAACUAUAACAGCUAACACCACCAAACCAAGGGUCAGUGGGACUAAGAAUGAUGAUGAUAAUUGGGACAUUACUUCAAUUAUAUCAACAUGUAAUAAUGAUACUGUCAGUGAAACUUACACAGAUGAUGAAAUAUUCAAAGAAAAACCCGUCUCCAAAAAAAAUUUACAAGAGGAGAAAAAUAACGUUGCAAAUAAACCUGAAAAUAAUGUGAACGCGAUAAAUGACAAAAAUGACAAAUAUGUUGGUAACACAAAUACAAGAAAUGUAGGCAACAUGAAGCCACCAAGUGGUAGAAAUGUUAAAAGCCGUAGUAAUGCAAAUCAAAUAAAUGCUGACAAUACUAAAGAUGUUGGUGAUAUAAAAACAACAAAUAAUAAAAACAUCAAAGAUCUAGAGGAAAGUAAACUGGCAAAUAAUAAAAAUGUCAAAGAUGUUGGUUAUAAGAAAAGAGCAAAUAGUAAAAAUAUCAAAGAUGUUGGUGAAAUGUUGACAAAUAAUAAAAUUGACAAAGAUGUUGGUGAUGAAAAACGAUUAAAUAGCAAAGAUGUUGUAAGAAGGAAUCCCCUAAGUAAUAAAAAAUGUAAAGACCUAGAUAAUAAGCAUAACACAAAUAAUAAAAACAACAAAGAUGUUAAGAGAAUGCAUCAAGCAGUUCCCAGAAUGGAUACGCCCGUGAAACCUUGUCCCGCGAAGAGGGUGAUGCUGAGCCGCAGCGGUAUCGACGCGUUCUGGGACACGGACGACAGCGACCACGAGUGCGCCGCGCGGCGCCACGUGUCCCCGAUGCAGGUGCACCACCACACAGACUUGACACAGAAUCAUGAAAUCAAUCCGAAGCAAAGUGGCCCCGACACCCACCAGACUUCAUCAACGAAAAUAACAAAAACUAACAAAACUCCGUUAGUAAUGUUGCAGGACGUACUAGAGAAAGUCCCGAAAAAACCAACAAGCAAAAAAUGUACAAAUAAAACUCAAUCAAAAACAAAGAAGAAGUCUGAUGAUAAUUCUCAACCUGAAAAAAUCGUUCAAAAUAAUAACGAAACACCAAACAGGUCACUGCGGUCAAGAAGACUCAAAAACCUAUCAGCCGCGUUGGAAUCUGCAAAUUCAGAUCUUAAAGAAAAUGAUACUUCACUUAGAGAAAACAUACCAACUAAAACAAAAGGUCAAAAGAAACAAAAGACUGAGAAGAAAGGAACACAGGAUAAAAAUAGUAAGACUAAAGCGACCGAAAACACAAAAAGUCGAAAUAGAAAAGAAAACGACAGUUUAAUAGAUAACUCUAAAAACCGAGCGGAAACCCAGAAAAGCCCUAAUAAAACUUGUAAAGAAAAAAAACCAGCUGAUCAAAUGAAAAUUGAUAUUUGUAAAGUUUUAAGAUCACGCAACAUCGACCUGUCAUCUUCGUUUAAUUCUGAUAAAUUUGAACUAACAGUGACUCGUACAAGAAAAUCUCGAACGCCAAGCAAAAGAAUUUCUUUCAAUAAGUCGAAAAAUAUGCAGGCCAACAACAAAAUCAGAAGUAGAGCAACCAAGUCGUGACGUACAAACACGAAUUAUAACUAGAUUUUUU